AUGGCUUCAGGAAACGGCAAUUUCGAAGGCCGGUUAGGUGACGAGAAAGGCGAACCUUCUCAAUCCACCACCGUCAGUGAAAAAUCCUCUCUACACCACGAAAAAGGCCAGCAACAACAAAAUACGUCUGACGAGGUGAAGAUCGACCUUGAUUUUGGCGAAGUGCAAAUUAGAUCCAGAACGAGUUGGUGGAAAAUAUGGAUUCCUAAUGGAAUGCCGCCGCCGCCCCGGAGCUCAUUAUCAAACGCACCUGAUAUUCCACUCUAUACUGCUUCAAUUCCGUCCAUCCUUACGUUCGCCUGGGUUACGCCAUUGAUGACCCUUGGAUACCAAAGAACUCUGCAAGCAACCGACUUGUGGAAGUUGGGUGAAUCUCAUUCGUCUGAGACAUUGUCAAAAAAGCUUGAUGAGUCUUGGGCGCGAAGAAAAGCUGAAGCAGAUGCCUGGAAUGACAAUUUAGACAGAGGUAUAAUCGGCCCAGGUCCUGUUCGACGUUCUGUUUGGGUUUCUCGGUCUAUUUUUGCAGGUACAAACUGUACGAACAAAUAUAGAGAGUUUGAAAAGAAAUGGAGAGAUGUGGACGGGAGGAAAACUGCUAGUUUAGCUCUUGCCCUCAAUGACACCGUAGGACUUUUUUUCUGGACAGGCGGGAUGUUCAAGGUCUUUGGAGACACGUCGCAACUCAUGGGCCCAAUAGUAAUCAAGGCCAUCAUCAAUUUUGCGAAAAAGAGGGAGGCCGCAAGAGAACACGGCUUACCAGAACCUAACGUUGGAAUCGGAAUAGCAAUGGCCAUUGGCCUUUUCCUACUCACCAUAUCCGCCAGUAUAGGGCAACAUCAGUUUUUUUGGCGUUCGAUGGUGACCGGCGUGCUUGCCCGUGCAGCCCUAAUCAAAUCUAUCUAUAAACGAGGAGUGACUCUCACUGGCAAGGCUAGAACGCAGAUAACCAACUCCGAUCUCGUAAAUCACAUCUCAACAGAUGUCAGUCGAAUCGACGCAUGCGCACAGUGGUUUCAUGCCACCUGGACAGCACCUAUUCAAAUCACAGUAUGUCUGACAAUCCUACUGUUUCAGCUGGGGCCUUCAGCAUUAGCUGGCUUUGGUCUUUUCCUUGCAAUUGCACCUCUUCAAGAACGUGCCAUGGCUCAGCAAUUCUCAAUUCGAAAGAGGUCUAUGAAAUACACGGAUCAGCGAGCUAAAACCCUCCUUGAGGUGCUAGGGUCGAUGCGUGUAGUAAAAUACUUUUCAUAUGAGAUGCCUUUCCUCAAUCGCAUUUACACAAUUAGAAGAAAUGAACUUCGAGGUGUCAAAAAUAUCCUCGUUUCUCAGUCUGCAAACGUGGCAUUUGCAUUUUCUAUCCCAGUUCUCGCAGCUACGCUUGCAUUCGUUACCUAUACUCAUGUAAAACCUGGCUUUGACGUUGCCAUAAUUUUUGCGUCUCUUAGUUUAUUCCAGCUUCUACGUCAGCCAAUGAUGUUCCUUCCAAGAGCGCUUUCUGCUACAUCGGACGCUCGAAGUGCCAUUUCUCGGCUUCGUCGCGUUUUCAAUGCAGAAACUCGGGAUUUUGACAGCUUGUUUGUGGACCAUGGAUUGAAAUGGGCAGUCCGAGUGGAAAAAGCCACAUUUGAAUGGGAAGAAUCUCUUUCAAACCAAGAUGCUGCAGUACCGCACCAAUCAUUGACACCCUUUAGAGUCGAAGAUAUCGAUAUGCACGUACCUCGCGGGUCUCUGGUGGCAGUAGUCGGCCGCGUUGGUUCAGGGAAAUCUAGUUUACUUUUGGGUCUCAUCGGAGAGAUGAGGAAGGUAUCUGGCACUGUCGCUUUCGGUGGACGAGUGGCCUACUGUCCACAGACUGCAUGGAUCCAAAACGCUUCUGUUCGAGAUAACAUCAUCUUCGGACAGCCAUUUAACGAAGAAAGGUACUGGAAGGUCAUCGAACAGGCAUCUCUUCUUCAUGAUCUACAAUUGCUGGCCGAUGGUGACUUAACAGAGAUCGGUGAAAAGGGAGUUAACCUUAGUGGUGGUCAAAAACAAAGGAUUAAUGUCGCCAGGGCUCUUUACUACGACGCAGAUGUCGUAAUAAUGGAUGACCCUUUAUCUGCAGUCGAUGCCCAUGUUGGAAAGGCCCUGUUCCAUGAUGCUAUACUUGGCGCUCUCCGCAAUGAGGGGAAAACUGUGAUUUUCGUCACCCAUGCCUUGCAUUUUCUGUCCCAAUGCGACUAUAUCUACACGCUUCGCGACGGCCGGGUGGCCGAGAAAGGAACAUACGAAGAACUCAUUCAAGCUAAUGGCGAAUUCGCUAGACUUGACAAGGAGUUCGGUGGAAAUGAAACGGAGCAAACCUCAGACCAAGAGACACAAAAGGUCGAAGCGAAUAAGGAAGAUAUUAUGCAGCAAUUAACUUCUUCAAAUCGUCGUGGUGCUGGAACCGGUAAACUGGAGGGGAAACUCAUUGUGAAAGAACAGCGUUCUACGGGCUCCAUUUCAAAAGCCGUAUACAAGGCAUGGUUUGUAGCAGGGCGAGGAUGGUUUACUGCCCCUAUCUUAGUUUUGUCCGUCCUUAUGAUGCAAGGUAGCCAACUCACCAGUUCUUACACGCUGGUCUGGUGGCAAGCGAAUUCAUUCCACCGAGCAUUUUCUUUCUACCAAACACUGUAUGCCAUCCUGGGAAUUUCGCAGGCUAUCUCAACGUUUUUAUCGGGCUGCUGCACUGAUAUUUUUUCCUACUUUGUUUCUCAAAAUCUUCACCAUGAAGGGAUAACAAAUAUUUUUUAUGCCCCCAUGGCGUUCUUCGAUACCACUCCAAUGGGACGCAUCAUAGGUGUCUUUGGAAAAGAUAUUGAUAACAUCGACAAUCAACUUCCAGUGUCUUUACGAAUGCUUACUUUGACCGUCUCCAAUGUUCUCGGAUCUGUGGUUAUCAUCACCGUCGUCGAACAUUACUUCAUCAUUGCAGCAAUUGUGAUAUCGCUUGGUUACCAAUAUUUUGCUGCUUUCUAUCGUGCAAGUGCAAGAGAAGUGAAACGUUUAGAUUCCAUGUUACGAUCUUUGCUAUACUCUCAUUUCUCAGAAUCGUUGACAGGCCUAUCAACUUUGCGCACAUACGGAGAGAUUCCACGUUUUCUGAAGGAAAAUGCGUAUUAUAUCGACCUUGAGAACCGCGCAUUGAUACUAACCGUGAGCAACCAAAGGUGGCUUUCCAUACGUCUGGACUUUUGUGGAGCUUUGCUUGUCUUUUUUGUUGCUAUAUUUGCUGUAACUGGAGCAUCGGGAUCAUCGGCGGCCCAGGUGGGGUUGAUUCUAACUUACACAACUUCACUCACACAAGCCUGUGGGAUGCUGACCCGACAAACCGCGGAAGUUGAAAACUAUCUAAAUUCAGUAGAGAGAAUCGUCCACUACAGUCAAACCGACGUCAUGAGGCAAGAAGCCCCCCACGAGAUCCCUGAAAACAAACCUCCAGCCGAAUGGCCACAAAAAGGUGCAAUAGAGUUUAAGGACCUCUCUAUGAAGUAUCGCCCUGGCCUUCCAAAUGUUCUUCAUGGAAUAUCCAUGUCAAUUCGGGGAGGUGAGAAAAUUGGCAUCGUUGGACGAACUGGCGCUGGAAAAUCGUCCAUAACCUUGGCCCUUUUACGCAUUGUUGAAUAUGUCGGCAAAAUCACUAUCGAUGGUGUUGACAUUUCAAAGAUUGGGUUGAAAGACCUGCGCACCAAAAUUGCAAUAAUUCCGCAAGAGCCAACAAUAUUCAGCGGCACUGUGAGAACUGCACUGGACCCAUUUUCCUUGUAUGAUGACGCCCACUUAUGGGAUGCACUUCGUCGAUCAUUCCUAGUGGAAGAUACCAAAACUCGAUCAUCUGGUGAAGAGAGCGAAGAGUCCGCUACAGCCACAGGGCGAAUCAGUCUCGAUACCGUGCUGGAAUCAGAAGGAUCAAACCUCAGUGUUGGCCAACGUUCUCUUCUCAGCCUUGCUCGUGCCCUUGUCAGGGAAACAAAAGUCGUUAUUUUAGAUGAAGCUACUGCAUCAGUCGAUCUAGAAACGGACAAAAAGAUCCAACAUACUAUUCAAACAGAGUUUAAAGACAGGACAUUGAUAUGCAUUGCCCAUCGACUAAGAACAAUUCUCAACUACGACCGGAUUUUGGUUCUUGAUAGCGGAAAUAUAGUGGAAUUUGAUACCCCCCUUUCUUUGUUUCAAAACGCAGAUGGGAUUUUCCGUGCUCUCUGUGACAAUAGCAGUAUCACAGAAAAAGAUUUCCUCGCCUGA